AUGGAUGACGGUGCAGUGUGGUUCCGCCCACCACGUCCCAGUCUGGUGGUGCCCACCUCCGAGACGUUGCCGUACGCACUGCUGCAAGGAUGUGGUUCUGACUACUGUGUGUACUCCGAGGUGGGGCAGGUGUGGCAGAUCGUUGAGGGCGAUCUGACCGGGCUGUUUGGCACGCACGGCGGGGCGAACUCGGCGUCUGUGCGGCGUGUCUUGAUCGGGACGCCCAGGUUUGGGAAGCCGGUGCCUGCUUGCUCGUGCCUUCUCUACCAGCUGCUGCACUACGACGCCGAGCAGCUCCACGCGGUGGCGUACUUCAUUGGGGAGCGAGCGUUUCUGUUUGACAAGACCACCAAGACGGUGUUCUUUGGCUGUUCGACUCCGGCGAUGGAGAGUUUUUUGGAGGUCUCCAUGCAGAUGAGGGGGUAUAUUGUCUGCGACGUGAUGGGGCGGAGGAAGGUGUUGCCCGCCAAAAUGCCUCGCACUGGGUGGGGCAUGCUUGCCGUGUCGUCCCUAAACGAAACUCGCUACAGGGACUGGGAGGAGGACAUGGGCGCCCGCCGGAUCAUCAUGAACGGCCCUGAUGAGAGAGAUGUGACGGUAGUGUGUGCCUGGAGGAUGCACGGAGAGAGCCUGCGGAGGGGCAGGCGGAGCAGUUAA